AUGCUUACCAAUUUUCGGCUGUUCAAAGGAGGAAUCAAAGGAAUCAAUGGAUCUCCAACAAGCAUUACUGGAAUUGGAAAAUUGUCACUACCAAUACCCGGCACCACUGAUCGAAUUGAAGUAGAUGCCGUGGUUGCACCCACUUCUCCAUCCAACAUCAUGCCACCUCAACUGGUAUACAAGGCAAUGAAAUGCGCUGGUUGGGAACCAGAAUGGCCCCGCCAUAACGACACCGAAUACAAGAUUGCGUUCACAGCACCAAGCCAAAAGGAGCAACAUGAAAUCAAUGUGAAGAUUGACGACAGAGACUUGUUUGUAUUCCAAUCAGAGCCUGGUUACAAGAACUUUUGCAUGAGUACCAGCACUGAUGAAUGCAAUCCUGCUACCAAGUGUGGAUGCGAUCACAACUGGCAUGCGUACUCAGGGACGACUCACUUCAAGUCCAAAGCCACGAUUGUUUCUAUCGAUUCAGCUUCUGAGGGAGCUCCAAAGACAGCAUCUGAGGGAGCUCACCAAGUCCAAGUUUGGUAA